AUGUCCUCCUUCCUAAAGUUUCUCGUCUCCUCCGGGGACGCCAGCUCCUCACGCCGGCACAAACAUCCUUACUACCCGCGCGAGGUUGUCGUCCCCAACUAUGCGCCCAACACGUACACGCUGCCUAUGGUGCUUGGUGCUUUUGGUGGAGCCACGGCCCUCUUGAUGGUGGGAACGGUGGCCAUUGGCAAGAAGGUUAAUAAGCAGUUGACGUGGAAGGAUGCGGGGGUGUUGGCGUGGUUUACGCUAUGCUACUAUGUGCUCAACCACGCCACCCUCGCCAGCAAGCAGGACAUCUUUGCUCAGCUGUGGAAGGAGUACGCGCUGUCCGACUCGCGGUACAUGACCUCCGACCCAUUCAUGCUCUGCAUUGAGACUCUGACCGUUCUCACAUGGGGCCCUCUCUCCUUCCUGACCGUCUUUGCCAUCAUCAAGGGCAACACUAGCCUCCGCCACAUCACCCAAACCAUCGUCAGCGUUGGCCAUCUCUACGGCGUCGCCCUCUACUUCGGCACCUGCUUCUUCCAGGAGAAGUUUCGCGGCAUUUCGUACAGCAGACCGGAAACGCUGUACUACUGGGUUUACUACGCCGGCAUGAACGCGCCUUGGGUUAUUGUCCCUGCUAUCCUCCUCUUCCAAAGCAGCAAGACCAUUAGCCAAGGUCUCUCGGUCCUCAACAAAGUCAAGAGCAUGAAGGGCGGCAGUUCAUCCACCUCCGGCAGCGGCAGCAGCAGCAGCAUUUACAGCGGCAAGGCGGAGAGCAUCAGAUCGUUUGAUGGCAGCAGUGAGAGCAAGAGUAGCAACAGCAACAGCAGCAGAAAGGCCGACAAGGAAAGCAAGCGCGAGCCUAGUAGGGAUAGCAGAGAUGGGGGCGAAAGGAGGAAGGAUCGCGUGUCGGAGCAGGCUGCCUAUUUCAGAGACGAAGGCAGGCCGGAGAGCAUUGCGGAGAGCAAAUAUGAGAUUUGGGAGGAGAACAGGGCGGAUGCGAGGGAGCAGUUGAGGAGGAAGAGGACGACAGGUCGGAGGGAGUAA